UUUAAAUCUCUACCGACAGCCAUUAUUUCUAUUUAAAGAAAUAAUACUAGUAUAUCAGACCCAGGUCGGCAUUGACAAUUUGGAUGAUAGGCGCGUGGUCAUGUGACCUUGCACAACUUCAGGAGCGUGUUCAUGUGGCCUUGCACAUCUUGAGGUCAUUACGAAGAUAGACUAAGACAAUAGUAGGUUUCGUUUAGAGCCAGUGUUCAUGUGGCCUUGCACAUAUCGAGGUCAUCACAAAGACAAUAGUAGGUUUAGAGCCCGUGCUCAUGUGGCCUUGCACAUCUCGAGGACAUUGUGAAGAUUGAUUAGACAUCGACCAGGUCAUCAUCAAGCCAAGGACAAUAAUUAAGAUUAAGACCUGUGAGGGGGGCCUUGCACAUCACGGGGAAGAGAGAAGUCUCCGUCCAACUAUAAUACAUAAUACAUUUGUAUUGAGAGAGACUUAACAGGGCACCGAGAUAGGAGUUGGGAGCGUAACCAACCUCAUACAUCAUCCUCACAUUUGUAUCAACCCACAUAGUCUUUCUCGGGAAAAUGGAAAAUCAAAACCACACAGUGGCCAUGGAUGCCAAGCUGAUGGUGUCCACACACGGUGGCCAUGUCAACAUGUUGAAGGAUGUGCUGAACAAGGAGGAUGCCAUGGCGACGAUGCUUCCCAGUGAGGACCAAUCUGGUGCCGCUGCCAUCAAUCCCCUGCUGCUUCUGUCAGCGCGCAGGGGCUCCUGGGAGGCCCUGAAUGCCCUUCUCCAGAGGGAAGACGCAAGGGAUCCACCAAUGAUGAUUCCCACUCUUGAAUUUCUUGAGUUGGUAGCGGGAGGCAGCGGCGCCCAGGGAAGAAGUGCGGCGUCUGCUGGUCGUGAUGUAGAAGAGGGCGUUGACCAGCAGCCUGCUGCUUCGCCUGCAGCUGGAGCACUCCUCAAGGGCGUCACCGCCGACGGGGAUACCGCACUACAUGCGGUCGCCGGCAACGGCGAUUGCCAGAAUUUCUUGAAGUAUGCCGGCAUCGUCUACGACAGGGACAGGGCGCUCCUGUUUGUGCAGAAUCACAAGGGUGACACACCCUUGCAUUGCGCUGCCCGAGCUGGGAACUCCAAGAUGGUUUCUCGUCUCAUUGAUCUAGCUGCGUGUGAGGGCGACGGCAGGAAGCUGGAGCUCUUGAGGAUGGAAAACAAGCGUCAGGAGACGGCCCUGCACGAGGCUGUCCGAUUUGAAGACGGUGGAAUUCUGGGUCACAAGGAGAGAUUAUUGCUUGAUGCCGCCGACCCCACCGGAGAAGAAAAGAAUAAGCGUGGCAAGGCAGAGACAGAGGGUGCCCUAAAUGAAGACGGUAAAAGUCCGGUCGCCGCACCGGAAGAACAGGCUAUUGUCAAGCUGCUGAUGGGCGCUGAUCGCGAAUUGGCUAAUUAUCCUGCAGGCGGCAUUUCACCACUGUACCUAGCCGUCUUGCUGGAGAAGGGUACAAUUGCACUGACUUUACACGCAAUGAGUGGUGGCAAUCUCUCCUAUUCCGGAGCAGACGGACAAAAUGCCUUGCAUCUUAGUAUUCUUCGAGAUACAGUUUCUUUGCAGAUUAAAAAUCUUCUAAAGCUGAUUUGGAAGCAAAAGACAAUAAUUCCUAGAGUCAAGACUUUUGCUUGGAGGCUUCUCCGGGAGGCCCUUCCCACAGCUUUCAGGUGCAAAAAAAUCCCUGGUUUAACUCAAGGAAUGGUGGCUACUAGUAUCGGAGUCUACCUUUGUUUGCCACAAGACCCGACGGAAAUCAAUGUUCAGAUUCAAGCGUCUUCUGCGGAUACAGAUUCUCCUUUGAAAGCGGAAGCUUUGGCUCUUCUUUUGGCGGCUCAAGUGGCUAAUCGCCUUAAUAUUUCUCAGCCUACUUUCCUCACCGACUGUCUCUCUUUGGCAUCGUUUGCUGCUUCUUCUAAGGCUUCUGAUGUUGCCAUCCCCUGGGCUAUCAGGAAAAUACUAGCUGAAUUUUUCUUCUUCUCCUUGUGCGAUUGCGGAAACGUCUCACCUCGUUGGAGGCGACAGGUUCGUGUUAAAUAAGCAGGGGCGCACCUCCCUGAUACAACGCAUACAUUGAGUUGUUACAGAGAUUGAGACUUGGAGAACAAGAGAUAGAAUCGGUUACAACUAGGUAGAGAUAAGAGAGAAUCCUACUACCCAACUACCAAGCUAAUCUAUAUCAAAACAACUCAAGGAGAGGUGCGGUCAGUGCACAUUGGCACGUUACAUGACAUGUUUAACACCCUCCCUUAAUCACAACUUCAUCAAGUUGAGAUUAUAUUUGAAGGCUUCAAAACUCCUUGUUGGCAAUGGCUUUGUGAACCCAUCUGCAACCUGA